AUGUGGAAAGGAAAUGAGCGAAACAAAAUAUUACCUCAUGGUCUCAUAUUUAUGUCCAAAAUGACCAAGGAAAAAGGCAAAAAAUUAAACAAAAUAAAAGUAGUUAAAAGAAAUAUGAAAAAAUUAGGAAUUCUCGACAUUGUCAGGGUACUUAGGAAGGAGCAACAGCAAUAUGGUUUUAAGACUGCUCGAAAAAGAAUGAAAAUCUGUAUUAAUGCGAGAUUAAUGAGCACCGCAGCUUUGCUACAUGUUCCUCAACGAAAGAAAAAGAAAGAUUUGCGGAGCAUGAAGAAUGCAAUGUGCAUUAAACGAAAAGAUGAGGUAAAUGAUCUCAUAAGAUGUAAUAUAAAGAAGCAUAAAUUUUUCAUGGCAAUGGUGGCCUCGAAAAUUUAUUCCCAACAAAGCCUCCACCACAUGAUGAGACGCAGGCGGCAUGUACAGGUUAAAACAUUGACCGAUGAAGAAUAUUCAAUGAAAAAUGAAUUUUAA